AUGUUAUUUAAAUCAUUAUAUCAAAUUUUAAACUCACCAAAAUUAAAUAAAAACUCUAUUUCAAAUAAUAACAAUUCUUUUAAUAAUUCAGAAUCAUUAAAUUCUGUUCAAGCUGCUGAUCAUCGUUACAACAAUAUCUUCACAAGACCACAAAUGUACACUUUUUAA